AUGAAUGUUUGCUCUGGAUGGUGCCUGGGCUUGUUCUUGCAAGAGGAAUGUGUCAGUCACAUUUUCCCUUUCACCUUGCUUAGUGCAAUAGCCCUGCAGAAGCACAGCUUUACAUGCUUUUAUAACAAUGCUCAGCUGGUGGCCUGGGAGGACAUUGUAUUCCUCUGCUGCCUCCUGUCACACAUGCUGUCUGUCUGCUGUCAUUUGUCCUGUCACUGUCCUGUCAAGGACUUCUGGAAAAUGAAAUUUCAUGAAUAGCUGGUGGUCAUUUUUUAUGCAGGCCUGAACAGCAUCAUGUGGCAGAAUCUGCCUCACCAGAAGGCACUGAAACUAAGCAAUGACCUCAGCUUUCCUGAAUGCUGCCUCAUCUGUGCAGAGCAAAAACCUUCCUGCCGCUUUGUGUGAAGGAGUUUUGUCAGCAAAGAUUGUGCUUCUUCAAGUACUCAAGAGGAGAAAGACAAAACCACUAUCAUUAUUAUUAGCAAGCUGCUUUGGACAGUUGUUGCCAGUAAAUAUUUCCACUUGUUUUCCCUUCCCAGAACCUUCCCCUGGUUUGACCUGACAGCUGUAUCACUGAGAAAAUCUCUCUUUAGCCAGCUGCUAGAAAAGAGAGAGCUUGUCUGGUACCAUCUGAUGCCUGGUGCUCUACUGUACCAGGCACCCUCUGGAGACUGUCCUACAAAACAAUGUGGGCUGGUCAGCACCAAGACAUCUCUCUCUUCAGCUGUAGUGGAGCCUAGCGUGAUACUGGAUCACAAGUCUCCAUUAUCCACAGCUGCUUCCAACAGUUUCUCAGAAAUUCCAGAGGAAAAUGCUGAGUAUGAUUCUAAAUCUUCAUACACCAUAAUGAAGCCCAUGAGGAACGCUUUGCUGAGAGCUCAUCCUUGCCCCUUCAUGGGACUAAGUGCUGCAAGAACCAGCACUGUUAACUCUCAGACUCUUUAAACUAUUCCAGCCAAUAACCCUAUGCACACAUUUUCUUCUAUGAGUUUCAAUCUCUACACUGCUCAGCAAACUUGUUUAUCCCUGGUUGCCUGAGCCUUUCUAUUUUUUUUUUUUCUGAAUUUGCUUAUUGCAUAG